AUGUCCACCGUCAGUGUUCGUCCUCUAGCUCGACACCCUGAGUUCAAGAAAGGCGAUGAAGUCAAGAUCAAAUCGAUGGAAACGCUCGAGAACGGUAAGACUCGGACUGUCUGGAAAACCAUGGAGGUCUCUGAGGCGGUAAUGGACGAGCAGUCCGCACAUUGGAAAUACAGGCUUGCUACGAAUUCUGGAGAUGCCGGCACAAAGAGCGAAUGGAUAAAAGAGAGGGAUAUGAAGCCUGCAUGA